AUGAGACCCAAGCGUCUGCGCCAUAACUGGCUUCUAUUCUGCGGUACAGUUUCUUACGCAGUAGCUGCUUACAGGUUCACCCAGAAGGGAAAUACGUUGUGGAUGUGGACAAAGGUGGACCCGCUUGUUUCCCUUAUGAUGGUAGAAAAAGUGCCAGACUCUACCUACGAGAUGAUUGGUGGUCUUGACAAGCAAAUAAAGGAGAUCAAAGAGGUGAUUGAACUACCUGUAAAGCAUCCCGAACUUUUCGAGGCUCUUGGUAUUGCUCAACCUAAAGGUGUUCUUCUGUUUGGUCCUCCAGGAACUGGUAAAACAUUGCUUGCAAGAGCUGUGGCUCAUCAUACAGAGUGUACGUUCAUCCGUGUGUCCGGAUCUGAACUCGUGCAGAAGUUCAUUGGAGAAGGAGCAAGGAUGGUUCGCGAGCUUUUCGUGAUGGCAAGAGAACACGCCCCUUCUAUCAUUUUCAUGGAUGAAAUUGAUUCCAUUGGAUCUAGUCGAGUUGAAGGAUCAAGCGGUGGAGAUUCGGAAGUGCAGCGUACAAUGCUGGAGUUGCUGAAUCAACUUGAUGGAUUUGAAGCUACUAAAAAUAUCAAAGUUAUUAUGGCCACUAACAGAAUCGAUAUUCUUGACCCUGCGUUGCUUCGCCCCGGAAGAAUUGAUAGAAAGGCUGUCUGCACUGAAGCCGGCAUGUUUGCACUUCGUGAGCGACGUAUUCAUGUUACCCAAGAAGAUUUCGAAAUGGCUGUUGGAAAGGUCAUGCAGAAAGAUUCCGAGAAGAACAUGUCGAUAAAGAAGUUGUGGAAAGCACGAGAGACACAUUCAUUUAUGCUGCGAAGUUGCCAUGUUACGGGUCUUGAAGCUGUUCUAGAAAUCAUCGCCAAUGCUAUUUGGCGAGCUCAGAUUACACCCGAAGAAUUGGAAGAGGCCAAAAUGAUUGUACAGUAUGAAAAUGACGAUAUGCCCAAGAAAAUUGAAAGCACGGAACCAUUAGUGACCGACUGGUUGCAUAUGGCCGCUUUUCGGGACAAUACGCUAGGUUUUUCAAAGUUCACGACGGAAGAUGGUCUUCAAAAAAUUACUAGGCAGCAUGUAAACUCGUACAUCAGUCAGUACCAUGCUCCAGAACGUAUCGUGGUCGCCGGAGUCGGCGUAAAUCACGAUGAACUGGUGGCAGCUGUUCAGCGGCAUUUUGGAAUUGGAACUGCCAUGUGGGACAAGAAUCCUGAAGUGCUUCUCCCAAAACUACCUCAGAUUGAUCGUUCUGUUGCUCAAUACACAGGCGGGGAAGUGAGGAUACAAAAGGAUUUGUCAACGUUGGCUAUUGGCACACCUUAUCCGAAUCUUGCUCAUGUGGCUCUAGGAUUUGAAGGUGUUAGUUACAAAGAUCCAGAUUUUGUUGCCUUCUGCGUACUACAUAUGCUUCUUGGAGGAGGUGGCUCAUUCUCUGCUGGUGGUCCUGGAAAAGGAAUGUACACGAGGCUAUACACCGACGUCAUGAACAGGUGCCACUGGAUUUAUGGAGCUACAGCUUACAAUCAUUCUUAUGGGGAUGCUGGAUUGUUUUGCAUUCAUGCCAGCAGUGAUCCUGAGCAGAUUAAUGACGUCCUUGUUAUUAUCCUUGACCAAUUCUUGAAACUGCUCAAAGGCGUUGAAAAGGAGGAACUAGAAAGAGCAAAAGUUCAACUCAAAUCUCAAUUAAUGAUGAAUCUCGAAGUACGACCGGUGAUGUUUGAAGACCUUGCACGUCAAAUAAUCGGCCAUAGCUAUCGGCGGAAACCUCAGGAGUAUUUGGAGAAAAUAGAAAGUAUAACGGCUGAAGAAAUUGUACGAAUUGCGGAACGUAUGCUAUCUGGACGGCCGUCAUUGGUUGGCUAUGGAGACAUUGGAAAAUUGGCGAGUUACGAAGCUCUUGAUGAAGCCGUGGCACAUCGAAGUCUGCAAGGUCUCGUCUCUCGAAAGAAAGCUUUUAGUUGGUAA